CGCGCGGCGGCCGCCGGGCGCUCAGUCGAGCAGCGGCGCCCGCCGGGAGCGGAGCUCUGCGGGUCCCCGUCAUGGCGGCGGGCGAGGCGGGGGCCGUGACGGCGGAGCUGCUGCUGCCGCCGCCGCUGCCGCCAUCCUCCUCCUCAUCCUCCUCCCCUCUGCCCGGAGGAGCCGGCACGGAACGGGCUCUGGAAGAAGCGGCGGCCUCCGGUACCCUCAGCCUGGCCGGGCGCCGCCUGCGCUCCUUCCCGGUGGCGGCGGCGCGGCGGUGGGACCUCAGCGACACCACGCAGGCCGACCUCUCCCGCAACCGCUUCGGGGAGGUGCCGGAGGCCGCCUGUCGCCUGGUCUCGCUGGAGGGGCUCAGCCUCUACCACAACUGCCUGCGCAGCGUCUCCCCCGCCAUCGCCAACCUCCAGGCCCUCGCCCACCUCGACCUCAGCCGCAAUCAGCUGAGCUCGCUGCCCGCCUGCCUCUGCCUCCUGCCCCUCCGCGUCCUCAACGCCAGCAACAACCGCCUGGCGCAGCUCCCCGAAAACAUCGGGGCGCUCGGCGCCCUGCGGCAGCUGGAUGUCAGCUGUAACGAGCUGCGGGCGCUGCCGGCCGGCGUGGGGCAGCUGAAGGCGCUGCGGGAUCUCAACCUCCGUCGUAACCAGCUCACCGCGCUGCCCUCAGAGCUGUCGGAGCUGCCCCUCGUCCGUCUCGACUUCUCCUGCAACCGGGUGGUCGCCAUUCCCCGCUGCUACCGGCGUCUCCGGCACCUCCAAAUCAUCCUGGCCGAUAACAACCCCCUCCAGUCGCCCCCUGCCCAGGUCUGCCUGAAGGGCAAAGUCCACAUCUUCAAGUACCUCAACCACGAAGCUGAGACCGCUGCUGCCACCCGGCCCCCCCCGACAUGCCUCACGGACGAGCUCUGCCCCCUCCGGCAACGCGGAGGGUUGGACUCCGGCUUCAACAGCGUCGACAGCGGCAGCAAGCGGUGGUCCUGCAAUGAGUCCACGGAUGAGUUCUCGGAGGUGCCGCGGCCGCCCAGGGAGAAGCGCGGUGGGGCAGCCGGUGACAGCGACCCCGAGCAGGUCGACUUCAUCGAGGGCAGCCUCACCGGGGAGGAAGAGGAAGAGACCCCGCUUGAGGAGCAGCAGGGCUCGUCCUCGAGAGGUGACACCCCGGAGAAGGCGGCCGGCGGCAGGGCCGUCCCUGUCCCCUGGCGGGGGGAGGGGGCCGGGGAGGUGCGGCGACGCCCCGAGAGCCUGCAGGUGUGGCAGGAGAGGGAGAGGAGGCAGCAGGCGAAGAGGAGCCAGGAGCUGGAGCGGAGGGACAGCUUGGUGCGAGCGGCUGCCAAAGCCCCCCCGGCCCCCGCCCCGGCUCCUCCCUCCAACGCCCCGCCGGAGCCCGGCAGCUUCCCGCAGCGGCAACCGAGGCCGACGCCGGACCCCGACGAAGCCCCCCCGGCCCCCCCCGGCUCGUCGCCCCGCGCCGCCCCCAAACCCAGCAGCUUCCUCUUCCGCUCUUCCUCCUCAUCCUCCUUCUCCCGCGGCGCCGCCUCCAAACCUGCCCCCCCGUCCCGUAACGCCCCCCCAGACCCCGACGAGAGGGAGCUGAUCGCCGAGAUGCGGCAGAGCAUCGAGUCGCUGCUGCAGCUGCGGCUGCCGGAGGAGCUGGGGGAAGCGCUGAGCGACGGGGAGCUGCUCUGCCGCCUGGCCAACCGCCUGCGCCCCCGCCUCGUCCCCUUCAUCCACGUCCCCUCGCCCGCCGCCCCCAAGCUGAGCCCCGCGAACAGCCGCAGGAACGUGGAGAGCUUCCUGGAGGCUUGCCGGCGCCUGGGGGUCCCCGAGGUGAAGCCGCCCCCUCCCCGGCGCCCCCCCCCCGGGCUCCUCGCUGGCUUCGCCCUCUUCUACGGCCUCGUCAUGGCGCUGCUUUACGCGGCUUAUCGCGCUCUCUUCGGCUGCUGAGGGGGGGGUCGGGGGUCUGGGGACACCCCCGAACGGAGGGGGGGUCCCCUGACCCCAGGGGGAGCCCCCCCUAAACCCGGGAACCCCCCCCGCCCCCCUCCCCCCCCGCCUUACCCCCCCUUCUUCUCUUUGUGCCUUAAUGUUGGGGAAACUGAGGCAGGGAUGGGGUUGGGGAGGGGGCUGAGCCCCCCUUCCCCCCCCCAGGGGGUGAUACCCCGCCUUUAAUUAUUAACUAUUAUAAUUAUUAUAAUGAAUUAAUAUUAGAUUUAAUUAUUAUAAUUAAUUAUUAUAAUUAAUUAUUAUCCUAAUGAUGGAAACCACCCCUAAAUUAUAUUUCUUACAUACAUA